UUUUUAAUCAGAAAAUUGGCCGGCGUCACGUUUAAUGGGGAGAUACUAGAAGUAUUGCCAUUGAACGCCAGGAACAGACAAGGAACAAGAAAUGGACACAUUGAUCACGCCGACAGGACCAGUACCCAAGCGGUGGAGGGCCCGAAGGAUUCCUUGAGCAGCAGUGCUGAGUAGCAAACCUCAAUACAGAAGGCCCUGGACGUGCUCGUGAGCAAAGACCUGUAACCCAGGGUGAAAAUGGAACCUAAACAUAUGAAAAGAUUUUCAACUUGAUUAAAGGUUUCUUGCUAUUUAAAGAUUUUUGUUUGAAUGAAAUUAAUGAAGCUGUACCUCAGGUGAAGUUUUAUGAAGAGAUAAAAGAAUAUGAAAAGCUUGAGAAUGAGGAAGAUCGCCUUUGUAGAAGUCGACAAAUUUAUGAUACUUACAUCAUGAAGGAGCUGCUGUCUUGUUCACAUCCAUUCUCAAAGCAAGCUGUAGAACAUGUGCAAAGUCAUCUAUCCAAGAAACAAGUGUCAUCAACUCUUUUUCAGCCAUACAUAGAAGAAAUUUGUGAAAGUCUUCGAGGCAGCAUCUUUCAAAAAUUCAUGGAAAGUGACAAGUUCACUAGAUUUUGCCAGUGGAAAAACGUGGAAUUAAAUAUCCAUUUGACCAUGAAUGAUUUCAGCGUACAUAGGAUUAUUGGACGAGGAGGAUUCGGUGAAGUAUAUGGUUGCAGGAAAGCAGACACUGGAAAAAUGUAUGCGAUGAAAUGCUUGGAUAAGAAGAGGAUCAAGAUGAAACAGGGAGAAACCUUAGCCUUAAAUGAAAGGAUCAUGUUGUCCCUGGUGAGCACAGGAGAUUGUCCUUUCAUUGUCUGUAUGACCUAUGCCUUCCAUACGCCAGAUAAACUCUGCUUCAUCUUGGAUCUGAUGAACGGGGGCGAUUUGCACUAUCACCUUUCACAGCACGGGGUGUUUUCUGAGAAGGAGAUGCGGUUUUAUGCCACAGAAGUCAUCCUGGGGCUGGAACACAUGCACAAUCGGUUUGUUGUUUACAGAGAUUUGAAGCCCGCAAAUAUCCUCUUGGAUGAACACGGACAUGUUAGGAUAUCAGACCUUGGUCUUGCCUGCGAUUUUUCCAAAAAGAAGCCGCACGCGAGUGUGGGCACCCACGGGUACAUGGCUCCCGAGGUCCUGCAGAAAGGGACUGCGUAUGACAGCAGUGCUGACUGGUUCUCCCUGGGCUGUAUGCUUUUCAAACUUCUGAGAGGUCACAGCCCUUUCAGACAGCAUAAGACCAAAGAUAAGCAUGAGAUAGACCGAAUGACACUCACCAUGAAUGUGGAACUUCCAGACAUCUUCUCCCCUGAGCUGAAGUCCCUUCUGGAAGGCUUGCUCCAACGAGACGUUAGUAAGCGACUCGGCUGCCACGGACGCGGUGCACAGGAACUAAAAAUGCACAGCUUCUUCAGAGGCAUCGACUGGCAGCAAGUCUACCUGCAGAAGUACCCUCCACCCUUGAUCCCUCCCCGGGGGGAAGUCAAUGCGGCCGACGCCUUUGACAUCGGCUCAUUUGAUGAAGAGGAUACCAAAGGCAUCAAGCUUCUUGAUUGCGACCAAGAACUCUACAAGAACUUCCCUUUGGUGAUCUCUGAGCGCUGGCAGCAGGAAGUGGCGGAAACUGUUUAUGAAGCAGUAAAUGCAGACACGGAUAAAAUCGAGGCCAGGAAGAGAGCUAAAAAUAAGCAGCUUGGCCACGAAGAAGAUUACGCUCUGGGAAGAGACUGCAUCAUGCACGGGUACAUGCUGAAGCUGGGAAACCCAUUCCUGACUCAGUGGCAGCGUCGAUAUUUUUACCUCUUUCCAAACAGACUUGAAUGGAGAGGAGAGGGCGAGUCACGACAAAAUUUACUGACAAUGGAACAGAUUGUGUCUGUGGAAGAAACUCAGAUUAAAGACAAAAAAUGUAUUUUGUUGAGGAUAAAAGGAGGGAAGCAAUUUGUCUUGCAGUGUGAGAGUGACCCGGAGUUUUUGCAGUGGAAGAAGGAGCUGACGGAGACGUUCACCGAGGCCCAGCGGCUGUUACGUCGAGCCCCCAAGUUCCUCAACAAAUCCCGCUCGGCCGUCGUGGAGCUCUCGAAGCCGCCCCUCUGCCACAGGAACAGCAAUGGCCUCUGACCCCUGGCACGGGGAGCGUCCCAUGAGAUGGCACCUCCUCCGGGAAGUCCACAUGGGCUGCUCAACCCGCGAAGUGGAGCCUUUAGGAGAAGUGUGAGAAUGAGAGAUGGAGUCGCUCACCUCCGGGGUGCUCCGUGGCUGGGGGGGCCCCGGACUCUGAGAUGCUCCUACUAGGAGUGGCGACCACCCUCAGGCUUGGGGGCGCCUCCUCCCCUCCUGAGGGCCUCCUGCCACGAUCGCAUCCAUCCGCCCUCGAAACUACUGAAGAAACGAAGUUCUCUUUCUUUUUUUUUUUUUUUUCUUUUUGCGGUAUGCGGGCCUCUCACUGUUGUGGCCUCUCCCGUUGCGGAGCACAGGCUCCGGAUGCGCAGGCCCAGCGGCCAUGGCUCACGGGCCCAGCCGCUCCGCGGCAUAUGGGAUCCUCCCAGACCGGGGCACGAACCCGUAUCCCCUGCAUCGGCAGGCGGACUCUUAACCACUGCGCCACCAGGGAGGCCCGAAGUUCUCUUUCUUUGCCACACACUUCUUUUGGUUAUAGAUGAACCUAGAACUUGAAAUGAUUCCUACUGAUUGUGUCACUUUUUGCAUCCGAUAUCAAAUGUAUCUCAGGCUUGCCAAGAUGGGAUCGAACAGUGUGCCGUUCAGGUCGCCCCAGCGUUGCCACGCUCUGUCCGUAAUCAGCCCGGGCUGGGUUUAGAUGUCUUUGCUCCAUAGUCCUGGCAGGAUGGCAGACCAGCUGGGUGUCCUCUGUGCCCUUGAGAACCACCCUCUCGUUGUCUCGGGGCUUGAAAGCUGCAGAGGUUUUCUGAAAGGGCUGCACCUGGGCCCUCCCCACGGGUGCCGCACCCACGGGUACCAGCCUGCCUCUGACCGGGAGCUUAGGCAGCUGGGACCAAGGGCGUGGGAGCCACUCAGCAUCGAAGGCGUCAGAUGGUAGAUGGUUGGAGGCUCACGGUGGCUCUGCAGGAGAGGCAGUGGCGUUUGCAUCUCACGGUGACACAGCCAUUUUCAAACCAUCAAGUCGGUGCACUUCCCCUGGGUGCACAGGACCGCCUGCGGGCGCCCGUCUCGGGCUUGGACUGGAAGCGGUCGUGAGACACAGCAACUCUGGUUUCCUCUGGCUGACCUCAGGAAACAUCUGGGUAACGGAUGUGUCAAGGAAGGAAACUCUGUUUUACCUUUUAGUAUAAUUGAAAAAUGAAUUUUAUUGAAAAAAGAGUGCUGAAGAUGAAUGUGUCAAAAUGGGUUAACUGUGUAUAUUGACUUGCACUGUCGUUCAACUGUCAUUAGCGAAUAUAAUUCUCUGCCCUGGCGGGUUGUUCUGUGACAGCGACGGCCUGAUCCCAGGGGCCUCCGCUCCCCGUGGUUCGUUUCAUGUCCCAAAUAAGUGCUGGUUUAUAAGAACCAGUGUGUUUCCCAGCCAAGUCCUCCGUGUCAUCAGACUAAAAAUAAUAACAAUAAUUUUCAGAGUCCA